AUGAAGUUUCAAAAACCAUCUAAGAUUCAAGAACGUGCAUUACCCCUAUUAUUGCAUAAUCCACCACGUAAUAUGAUUGCGCAAUCUCAAUCAGGUACGGGGAAGACAGGUGCCUUUUCGUUAACUAUGUUAAGUCGUGUUGAUGUUAACGAACCAAAUGUGACUCAGGCUAUUUGUUUAGCUCCAUCUAGAGAAUUGGCUAGACAAACUUUAGAGGUGGUUCAAGAAAUGGGUAAAUUUACAAAGAUUACUUCUCAAUUGAUUGUCCCAGAUUCGUUUGAAAGAGGUCAAAAGGUUACAGCACAGAUCCUUGUCGGUACACCUGGUAGUCUGUUGGAUUUAAUGCGUAAGAAAUUGAUUGAAUUAUCUAAGAUUAAAAUUUUCGUUUUAGAUGAGGCCGAUAAUAUGUUGGAUAAACAAGGGUUAGGUGAUCAAUGUAUUCGUGUUAAGAAAUUCUUACCUAAAUCUACUCAAUUGGUUCUAUUUAGUGCCACAUUUGAUGAUGCAGUAAGGAAAUAUGCUAGGAGUAUUGUUCCUGAUGCUGAUGUUUUGGAAUUGAAGAGAAAUGAAGUCAAUGUGGAUGCUAUUAAGCAAUUAUAUAUGGAUUGUAAAGAUGAAAAUCAUAAAUACGAAGUUCUUUGUGAAUUGUAUGGGUUAUUAACAAUUGGAUCCUCUAUUAUAUUUGUUGCUAAGAAACAGACAGCGAACCUAUUAUACGGUAAAUUAAGGAAAGAGGGUCAUACUGUAUCUAUUUUGCAUUCUGAUUUACAAACUUCUGACAGAGAUAGAUUAAUUGAUGAAUUUAGAGAGGGGAAAUCGAAAGUUUUAAUUACUACUAAUGUGUUAGCACGUGGUAUUGAUAUUCCCACGGUGUCUAUGGUAGUUAACUAUGAUUUACCAACAACAAAGACGGGAGAACCAGAUCCAGCUACAUAUAUUCAUAGAAUAGGUAGAACAGGUAGAUUUGGUAGAAAGGGGGUUGCCAUAUCAUUUGUUCAUGAUAAGAAAUCAUUCUCCAUUUUGGCUGCUAUACAAAAAAUCUAUGAUGACAUGGAAAUGACUCGCGUACCAACAGAUGACGUGGGAUGGAAGUGGAGGAGUAUUAAGUUAAAAAAACUACUAAAAGAUUAA